ACACAGCAACCUAAGCCAGAAGCGAAAAAAGCUAAGACAGGCAAAAGUGCAAUGGAAGCAAAGGAUGAAGAGUUGAGGUUGAAAUUGGAAGGUAUCUCGGGUGAUGGUGGCGUAGCUGGAUUGGAGCUUGAGAAUGGUAAAGCUGUCGGUUUGAAGAGAGGAGUUAAAGAGAACAUGUUUCGGGUUAUAUGA